GCUGCUCGGCCGACACCGCGCCGCCAUCCCGGAGUCCCGCGCCGCCACCGCACGGCACACGCAACAGAUGGCGCCGGAACGGUGCGCGCAGUGCGGCGGCGAGGCGAGCCAGCGCUGCGGGGGCUGCCAGCAGGUGUUCUACUGCUGCAGGGACCACCAGCGGGCGCACUGGAGCACACACCGCCCGCUCUGCAGACCCUUCAAGGUGGGUCAGGACGCGGUGGUGGGCCGCUACCUGUGCGCGUCGCGCGACAUCGCGGCGGGCGAGCUGGUGCUGCGCGAGCCGCCGCUGGUGUGGGGCCCCUCGCAGGCGACGCCGGCCGUUUGCCUGGGCUGCUACGUCGUGCUGGAGGCGGCCUCGUGCGUGCGCUGCGACCGCUGCGGCUGGCCCAUGUGCUCGCAGCACUGUGCCAACUCCCUCGACCACCGGCCCGAGUGCGACAUCACCGCCGACGUCCGCGGCACCAAGGUGAGCAUCAGCAGCUUCGGGCAGGAGCACCCUACCUACCAGUGCGUGACGGCGCUGCGCGCGCUGCGCCUGCGCACUGCAGACCCGGCGCGCUGGCAAAAGCUGUGGGCGCUCGAGUCGCACUGCGCGCACCGCCGCGGCACGCCCAAGUACGAGGCGGACCGCGUGGCCGUCGCGCAGUUCGUCCGCCGCUUCUUCAAGAUGGCUGACUUCUCCGAGGAGGACAUCCUGCGCGUCUGCGGCAUCCUGCAGGUGAACGGGCACGAGGUGCCGCUGACGGAGCCGAGCUACGUGUCGGUGUACGAGUGGGCGUCUCUGCUGGAGCACAGCUGCCGCGCCAACUGCUCCAAGAGCUUCAGCGAGGCGGGCGAGCUGCUGCUGCGCGCGGCGGCGCCCAUCGCGCGCGGCCAGCGGCUCACCAUCUGCUACUCGGACUCGCUGUGGGGCACCGCCAGCCGCAGGCAGCACCUGCGCGAGACCAAGUUCUUCUGGUGCCGCUGCGCGCGCUGCACCGACCCCACAGAGAUGGGCACCUUCUUCAGCGCGCUCCGCUGUCCCCAGCCGGGGUGCGAGGGCGUGUGCGUGCCGGCGGAGGAGAGCCUGCAGCAGGAGCCGGAGGACGAGCAGGAGGAGCCGGCCUGGUGGUGCCGCUCCUGCCAGCAGCCCAUGCCCGCCGCGCAGGUGCUGCAGCAGCUGGCGGCGGCGGGCGCGGAGCUGUCGGCGCUGCCGCGGGGGGACGCGGAGCGCUGCUGGCAGUUCGUGCGGCGCCACGAGGCGGCGGCGCGCCUCUCCGGCGACCACUUCUACCUGACCGAGGCGCGCCUCGCGCUGGCCCAGCUGCUGGGCCAGGGGCCCGCCGGCGUCGCCGCGCUGCCCGAGGACCACCUGCGCGCCAAGGAGGCUCUGUGUCGCAGGCUGCUGCGGCUCGUCACCGUGCUCUGCCCUGCGGAGAACCGGGUGCGCGGCGUGCUGCUGUGCGAGCUGCAGGCGGCGAUCGCCGAGGCGGCGAGGCGCAGCGCGGCCGUCGGAGGUCUGGACGCCGCCGCCUUCCGCCAGAGUCUCAAGGAGUCCCGCGAGCUGCUGGUGGAGGCGCUGGACCUGCUGCGCUACGAGCCGGAGGUGCUGCCAGAGGGCAAGAUCGCCGAGCACGCCAGGGAGGCCCUGCGCGACGUGGACAUCGCCACGCAGCGCCUCCACUGCACGCUGGCCGGUGGCCUCAUCUGAGGGCGCGUCCACGCACCUCACGGCCGGCGCCAGAUCUGCACCACUCUACGAGCCUGCUCCCAACCCCACUGACCCUCCUCAGCCCGAUACUUUGGUUCAGUUCAGACACGUGACGGCAGUGAUCACAUGCCAUCACGCUCUUCACCAGCUACAGUGCUUUCGCUUGAGAUCCAAGCUGCGGGAGUCAACCUGACCCGCCAGCAAUCACGUCACAGAUGAGUUGCAUCGCUGUUAAGUACCACAUUUGUUGCCUGGUGGAAAUGCCUUGCGAGCUGCGUCCUAAUAUCCUCAUCGGUAUGUAUGCUAGUCGCCAUCCUACUGUCGGAUCUUCCGUGUCACGCUUUACCUGACGUUGAGGACUUGCAGACGUAACCAUAUACAAACGUACAGGACAACUUACGCCAGGCCACAUAUCUUAACAGUUUCGUACGACGCUGUAUAAUGUUAGAACUAUAAGUGAGGGUUAUACUGCGACAACUGGAAAUCUGUGCCAGAGUGUAACGUGAACCCGGAUUUGUUGCUUUUCGCGAGCUGCCGCCUUCAGCAUUAGCUUGCCUGUGCGCGCCUGCAGGUCUCACAUAACCUUCACUUGUCAGCGAUGGGUCCACUUAUGCUUCUAGAGGAGGCUCUUCCAAUGCAUAGGUUUAAUACUGAAACAUACCCUUAGAAAAAUUAAGAAUGACUGUGCUAGUAACAUCUACGUUAUUUGGCUUUCAAACAGCUGAGCAAUACUGUACGCACUCAGUCAUUUCGCUCUUUACUUAUUCUGAUCAACAGUAAA